UCAUUGAAUUAUUUGUUAUCAUCCAAAAGAAAGGUUAAAUUUAUGGUAUACUCAAAAUAGAUUGUGGAUUUAAAAAAAAUGGGAUGAGACUUGUAUAUAAUUUGAUAAAAAUACUGAUAGCAUCAGUUAUAAUUCUGAUGAAUAAUUAAACGCAGAAAAAAAGGUUCGACGAAGUAAUAGCCAAUGCGGAGCACCUUAUCUCUUCUGGCUUCCAUAUUCUGAAGCACUUGCAGGUCGCAGCAAUACGUUAGAAUGGCUUAUGGAGCGGUGCUGGGUUCUUUUUCAGUUCCCAACCAUUGUAUCAGUGGCGAGUUUUCAAGUCAGCUGCGAAAACUUAACCCUCUUCUCCGCAUCUUCCCGCCGUUGAGCAGCCGCCACAAGGCGAAGAAACCAAAAUCCAUUGCUCCGGCUACCAGGGCAUCUCUGUCUGCGGCAAAGGAAGCAGUCCUCAGAAGCUUUAUUGAUAGAAAAGCUUUAAAGAUCAUUUCCGGACUUCAAAAUUUUGACAAGGAGAAGGUGGCGUCUGUUGUCAUUGCAGCAGAAAAGGGAGGCGCCACUCAUGUUGAUAUAGCUUGUGAUCCAGAUUUGGUAAAGCUUGCUAUGAGUCUCACUUCUCUCCCGGUUUGUGUAUCAUCUGUAGAUCCGACAUCAUUUCUCUCUGCAGUUGAAGCAGGUGCACGAAUGAUUGAAAUUGGUAAUUAUGAUUCAUUCUAUGAGAUGGGAAAACAGUUCUCUUCUGACCAGGUAGUACAACUUAUAAAUGAUUCUAUAAUGAU